UUAGCGACAGUACCGCGAGAAAGGCAGGGUAGUGGUAGAGUGUUAACUGUCUAGGAAUAUCUAAGACUGGGCAGCUACACCGAUACAAAUAUCGACUGUCACAUAUAUCGAUUGCUUACUGGGAAAUAACGUUGGCUAGUAAAAAGUUGACGACGUAGCUCGAGCAGAGAUAUCUAACCCCUGUAGUUAUCGCUCAGGACCUAGCUAGCUGACCUUCGCUAUUUUUGUAAACAAGACCGACCGACACUUAGCCUAAUAGCUGGUGAUACAGUCCGUUCAUUUUAAAUUAUCGCCUCGUUGCUAGCAAGCUAUCGGCUGUAGUGAGAGAGAUAAUUCGGUAGCGGGUUGACAGGUGUACGCAUAUAUGUGCAGUAGUUUUUGACACCAACUCGGUAUCAGUCUAGCGGUAGACGUGUUUCCUACGGUGGUCUCUUUUCGGAAGCUAGGUCAAUGGCUAUGUAAAUCAUGAGGUAGCUAGAUUGAAUAUAGCUGGCUAUUGUUGACACUCGCUACUGCUAUUAGCUCGCUAACCACCUAUCAGUACAGACAGCUGUGGCCAGCUAACGUGCCUAGCUAGUUACUUCUAGCUGACUACAUAUUCAUUAACUAAGACAGCUAACAGUGUUAGCAAGCUAUUCUGCUGCGCUAACGUUAGCUAGCUAGCUACCUCCCUCUAGUAGUUACUCGCACGCCAACAAGUUAGCUGGUGUUUAAGCGGCAUUGUUAGCUAGCUAGCUGACUAUUACCGCUGACUUGGUUGCAAGGCUUAAAAAGAAGGAAAAAGCUUUCGCAUGGUUACCAUCCGAGAAUGAAUGUCGCAAAAAGCGGAUAUCGUGUCUUUUCUGCUAACUCCACUACAGCAUGUACAGAACUGGCCAAGAAGAUCACAGAGCGCCUUGGUGUGGAACUGGGGAAGUCAGUGGUCUACCAGGAGUCAAACAGAGAAACCAGAGUAGAUGUGAAAGAAUCUGUACGAGGGCAAGAUAUCUUCAUCAUCCAGACCAUACCCAGAGAUGUUAACACGGCUAUCAUGGAGCUGUUGGUGAUGGCCUAUGCCCUGAAGACCUCUUGUGCAAAGAACAUUAUCGGGGUCAUUCCUUACUUCCCUUACAGCAAACAGUGUAAGAUGAGGAAAAGAGGCUCCAUUGUUUGCAAAUUGCUGGCCUCUAUGCUAGCCAAAGCAGGUUUAACUCACAUCAUCACUAUGGAUUUGCACCAGAAGGAGAUUCAAGGCUUCUUCAGUUUUCCUGUGGACAACCUGAGAGCCUCCCCCUUCCUUCUGCAGUACAUCCAGGAGGAGAUCCCAGAUUAUCGUAAUGCCAUUAUUGUUGCAAAGUCCCCGUCAGCUGCCAAGAGGGCUCAGUCUUAUGCGGAGAGGCUGCGGCUGGGCCUGGCUGUGAUGCAUGGGGAGGCUCAGUGCUCUGAGUCUGACAUGGCCGACGGCCGACACUCUCCCCCCUCUGUCCGCAACACCACAGGCCACCCGGGGUUGGAGCUGCCGUGGAAACACCAAGCUCCGUUCCCUGGCAUAGAGCUCCCAAUAAUGAUGGCUAAGGAAAAACCACCCAUCACAGUGGUGGGAGAUGUGGGAGGAAGAAUUGCCAUCAUUGUCGACGACAUCAUAGACGAUGUGGAGGACUUUGUUGCUGCUGCAGAGAUCCUGAAGGAGAGGGGGGCUUACAAGAUCUACAUCAUGGCCACACAUGGCCUGUUGUCCGCUGAUGCCCCCCGCCUGAUCGAGGAGUCUGCUAUUGAUGAGGUGGUGGUGACCAACACUGUCCCUCAUGAGGUGCAGAAGCUCCAGUGCCCCAAGAUCAAGACGGUGGAUGUCAGCAUGAUCCUGGCAGAGGCCAUUCGCCGCAUUCACAACGGGGAGUCAAUGGCCUAUCUGUUCCGCAACAUCACCGUCGAUGACUAGGGGAGGUUGGCGAGGGGGCUGAGUUUGGGCCUGAGGUGAGGGCGAGGGUGAUGGGGGAGGUGGGGGUUUCCAUCCUCCAGCCUCCCGCGCUGGCAUCUUGCCGCCUGACAGGCUCCUUUCCCUGUGCCCACACACUCUUGAGUUCUCACUGAGGAGGGGCUGCAGACACCCUGCCAAUGUCAACCUCUCCACAUUAUUUUCUUCCCUCCCUCCCCCAGAACCAAUUUGAUUUACCUGUCAUCUGUAACAUUAUUACAUAAUUAUUUCAUUAUUGCAAGUGUAAAAAUGACUGUGCAGCAAAAAGCGGAAAGCAGGGUACAGUAAAUGCUUGAAGGGUCAGUAAGUAUUUCUGUAUUCUGUCCAAAUGCACGUGUACUGUACGUCCUUGCAAACUAAGGAGCUAUACAAUAAAAGUCAUGUUUUUGUUCCGCACAUAAAAGAAAAGCUGCCUUUUAGUUGCUUCCUAAGUGUACCCAAAGUCUACGUAUACUUCAGUACUUUACACUGUGGUGUCUGGAUUGGAACAGUAUUUUCCUCCUCUCUGAAUGAAUGCUUUGAGGUGUUAGGAAUUUACGUAGUGAGGGUCCCAUUAAGGAAGCAAAAUAGACAUUUUACAACUUGGAGCCACUGGUUCCUCCAAAGGAAAGUGGACAUGUUUUCAUUCAUUGCUCUUAUUGCCUUUUAAUGAGUAGGUAUUUUCCCACAUUAUGCUUUUUUGAAAGGACAUCAUCGUUUGUGCGCCGAUAAAAUUUGUUGCUCAGUUCAUUGUUGAAUCCAGUGUUUUUCCUCUGCCUGCAGGCUGUUCAGGCGGGUGUUGAUCUGUGACUGUUGAACGCUUUUUACUCAGAUAAAGUAUGCACAACUGCUUGAAGGGAUGCACAAUGAAUGAAACCCAAUACAUCGUUAAGCAAGUGUGUCUUGUCUUGUUCUCAUGUGUUCUGUCUUGGUACUGAUUACAUUGUAAUGCAACAGCCAGAAAAAAAGAUCUGAACACAGGAAGUCAGCAUGACCUUCCAGUAUAAAUCUAGCAAAACUGUCAGACUUUGAUGUUGUGUGAGAUGUCCAGUGUUUGUGUGUAAAGCCAUGGUUUCAUUUCAUGUAAAUGUUCAUUGUAAAGGGCUGUUCAUCGGUCCUGUAGAUGCUGUUGUCACUGGGAGGAUAGCAUUUAGCUAUUGUGGCUUGUGAGUUAAGCAGGGUUUCACACACUGACGGUGCAUGACACUUCAAGGAUUUUCUCCAUCUGAACCAGACUGUACUCAAGAUUUCUGUUUGGUACCGAAAGGGAAUACAUUUUGUUGUUUCAGUGCAGCUUGUUUGCAGAUGGCCUUCGCAAGCAUUUUACUGCAUAUGCAAUUUGGCAUGAGAAAAUAUUUGCACCCUGAUGAAGUUAGACCCGCAGAAGCGCUCGUAGCUGAACUGUGGAAGCAUUCAGUGCUGUCAGACGCCUCCAUGUCGUCUUUUGCCUUUCUGUUCCCAGGUUCUAUGCCCUGGUAUAUCAGGAUAAAUACUGUGUUUACUUGUACGUGCUAUAGCGAAGUGAGCUGCUUCUCAACGUAUCAGAUGUGGUUAUCAGGCAUAUCAGGAAGUGAAGAGAUAAAUGCUGGGCUUUAUAUUUUUGAGGAGGUGCAUCAAGUCCCCCCCCCCCCACGG